GCCGGGCGAUGGCGGCGGCGGCGGGAGCGCUGCCCGCGGCUCGCCUGGAGAGCGUGCGGGCGCUGUCGGCUCUGUUCCGGGAGGCGCAGCCCAGACAAACAGCAGGAGAAAGUGUAUUUCGGAAUGUCCUGGAAAUCCUGACGAACACCUCAAGUACCAUUGAGCAGACCUGUAAGGACUCCUGUGGACUGGCAGAUCUAGACACCUGCCUGCUGCUCAUAGCAGAGUGCUUCAGAUGUCUGAGGAAUGCCUGUGUUGAGUGUGCCAAGAAUCAACAUGUCAUGAGGAACUUGGGUCUCAUCUCUACAUCUGUCCAUUUGAUAAAGCUGCUUCAUGGACUACAGAUCAAAGAGGAAUUGUUACUGACUGCUCUUCGUUGUAGUCUCCAAUUUCUUGGAAACAUUGCUGCAGGAAAUGGAGAUUCCCAGAAUAGCAUCUGGAAGUGUGCUUUCCCAGAUCUCUUCUUGACUUGCCUGACAUAUAGUGAUGAGAAAAUUGUCACUUAUUGCUGCAUGGUCCUGUUCACUUGCCUAAAUUCAGAGCGAGUGAGAGAACUGCUGGAUCCAGGGAAUUUGACUGUGGCUCUUCAUGUCCUGAGAGUCUACAAGGAACAGUUGGAUUCUGAGUGGUCGUUCCUGAUUGUUACAGAACAUUUGCUGAAAUGUCCAGAGCUGGUAAAAGCCCUCUAUGCCAAACUGAGCAAUCAAGAAAGAGUUACUUUUUUAGAGCUAAUGAUGGUGAAAUUAAGUGACAAGGACUCAGUUACCAGUGAAGAAAUGAAUGUGUUUGUGAGACAUGCUGACUUCCUUGCAGUCUGCUUCCAAGAGAAAUGUGGAGCUGUGCUCAAGUUAACCGCUGCAGCAGAUGCAGAAGAUGAGGAAGCACUGGUGACAAUUCGUCUUCUCGACGUUCUUUGUGAAAUGACCUCAAACAACAGCCAGCUGGAACAUCUGCAGGCAUUCCCUGGUUUGCUUGAAACAGCUGUAGAUACCCUGAGAUUAACUCACCUUGCUGGGAAACAGGCUGUAAAUAUUUUCACUGCCACCCAUGCUGUGACAGGGCAGGAAGAAAUUUCACAUCCAGCUGUGGGUUUCAAAUCUCAUCUCAUUCGUUUGAUUGGAAAUCUGUGUUACAAGAAUAAGGAAAACCAAGAGAAGGUGUAUGACUUGGAUGGCAUUUCCUUGAUUCUGGACAACUGCAGCAUUGAUGACAACAAUCCUUUCGUGAGCCAGUGGGCAAUUUAUGCGAUCCGGAAUCUCACUGAACAGAACGAGCAGAACCAGGCGCUGAUUGCACAGAUGGAGCAGAAGGGGCUGGCAGACAGCUCUGCCCUCGAGAGGAUGGGCUUGGAGAUACAGCAACGAGAUGACAAGUUAAUUCUGCGGUCAGUUAGGAAGAAGCCCUCCUGAGCAAAAAUGUUAGCAAUAGUCAUAUCACUAAAAGGGUACUUCUCUUAUAAAAUAUUUUUCCUUGCUCAGAAGCCAUUAUUUUUUUAGUGCCAGUCUGUUUAAAAUGUUGUGUUUGUUCUCAGACAAACUUCCAGAUGAUGCUUCUGCCUCCCUUUGCUGUAAACAAAAGGCCACCUAUGCGUUUUCUAUGUUCCUGGUUAAAUCAGCUUCUGAAAAAAGGUUCUUCUUGUCAGUUGGUUGGAAUUUCAUUACUUCUCUUUUCAUCAGUAGAAGAAUGUCAUACUUGCAGUAUUGACUUGUUAUAAUUUCCUUUACUGAACCUGGAGAUAACUAUCAUUAAAAAACUUUACAAAGAAAGAGUUCCUUUGCAGGCUGCCUUCUCCAUGUAAAAGAUCUGUGCUGAGUUAGGGCUAAACAAGCAGAGUUACUAAUUUUCAAUCAUGGGACCUAAAUAUCUCUAUAUAAACAUCAAGGGAAUGUUGGAUGUACUUAAAUAUUUAGUGAAUUAAACACAACAUGCCUUUUGUCUAUUUAAAUUGUUAGUAAACUGUCUUUUCUACCUUGAUACCUAUCAGUCUUCAUGACAAGUAUAUUAAAACCAAAGCUGAA